UACAAAGUGAAGAGAGGAAUAUCCUCGGCACUCUAGUCCCGGCUUGGAAACAUGAAAUCAAUAAGAGAAGAGAAUCCUUUGAGUUGAGAAAAAUCGUCCAAGAGCUAAUAUGGCGUCCAUUUCGUGCUUCUGUGCUUUGCAGAGGCGACCUACCCUCUGCUACUUGCUAGCUUCUCCCAACGACAGAGCUUCAUCAUUGGAUUACAAGACUAUGCAACAAGACUUGGUCUCUCAUGUUUGCCCCAUCAGCAUCAGUUCAUCCAUCCAACAACCCUGUGCUGCUCCUUCAAGAAGACAGUUGACUAUUCUCUCCUCUCUCGCUGCCUUUACAUUUCCCCCUACUCUUCCAUAUGCCUUUGCAGAUUCAGAAGCUGAUCGUAUCUACACCGAUGAUGUGAAUAAGUUCAAGAUAGCCAUUCCUCAAGAAUGGCAAGUCGGAGCUGGAGAGCCUAAUGGAUUUAAAUCUGUCACUGCUUUCUACCCACAAGAGGAUUCAAGUUCCAAUGUCAGCAUAGUGAUCACGGGGCUGGGUCCGGACUUUACUAGGAUGGAAUCAUUUGGCAAAGUGGAUGAAUUUGCUGAGACUCUGGUCAGUGGGCUGGACAGAAGCUGGCAGAGACCUCCCGGUGUGGCGGCUAAGCUCAUAGAUUGUAAAUCUGCUAAUGGCUUCUAUUACAUAAAUUACUCCCUUCAAAAUCCUGGCGAGGCUCGCAGAUAUCUUUACUCGGCUAUCGGGAUGGCAUCCAAUGGUUGGUAUAACCGGCUUUAUACGGUCACAGGACAGUAUGUGGAAGACGACGCCAGCAAAUACCGCUCCCAAAUUCAAAAGGCGGUCGCGUCAUUUAGGUUUAUGUGAAUUGGUGGUUACCAUAGGAAAUGCUGCAUCUAUUACUAUCAAAUGUCAUCUUCUUCAUCUCCAUCACUUCUUAAUUGAUUCUAUUUUCAAUUUUGUGGGAAUGGAGAAAUUGAAAACUGUAUCAGCAGCAGCAGCUAAUAACAAGAGCCCUUUUUGUGUUGCAUUUUA